AUGACCGCCUUUCUUUUCUCGUCAUUUUGGUUGUAUGUGUAUUUUAAUGUAUUAGAUGGCCGAGGAGGAAUCGCUAUUUCAAAGGAAAAAGUGGCUUUUUCAAGCUGCUAUUCAAACCGUAUCCUGCUUGGCGCCAAGAUUCCCUCUUUAGGACGCCAAGACGGGUAUUUUUUCCACAUUCUAGCCCAUUAUAGACAGAUACGCCGCGCCUUCCUCGCUUGUGGCGUUGGUAAGAGGAGGAGAUUAUUCAAUUAA